CCCAGCUGCUGGCGCUUCCGGGCGGCGGGAGGCGGGCGCGCUGCGGGUCCCAGGGAUGUAGACUCCCGGCGGCGGCGAGGCCGAACCCCAUGGGAACUCCUGAGAGUGCGGCCGCGCCCGCGGGCCCUGAUGAAGCCUCCAUUUCCCGAACGAGCCCGCCGCCCAUGAGCUCCCAAGUGACCAGAUGCCGCGGGGCCGGCCACGGGCCAAAGCGGCUUUCCCGAAGGAUGGGGCAAAAAAAGCGAAUGGCAGAGAAAGAGUUGCAGCAGAACCCACUGGAAACAGCCCAGUCGCCUUCCCCAAAGGAGCCCCACUUGAGACCAGCCUCUUCCCUGGGUCCCCAGCGCAGCAUCUAUUUCUCCAGCCCAAAGGGCCACCCUGCCCGGCUAGGAACAGAGUUUUUUGACCAGCCAGCCAUCCCCCUGGCCCGCGCCUUUCUGGGACAGGUCCUUGUCCGGCGACUUGCUGAUGGCACAGAGCUCCGUGGCCGCAUUGUGGAGACUGAGGCAUACUUGGGACCAGAGGAUGAAGCUGCCCACUCAAGGGGUGGCCGGCAGACUACCCGCAACCGCGGCAUGUUCAUGAAACCCGGGACCCUGUAUGUGUACAUUAUCUAUGGGAUGUACUUCUGCAUGAAUGUCUCUAGCCAAGGGGAUGGCGCUUGUGUCCUACUGCGAGCACUUGAGCCCCUUGGGGGUCUGGAAACUAUGCGCCAACUCCGCAACAACCUCCGGAAAGGCACCCUUAGCCGGACCCUCAAGGACCGUGAGCUCUGUAACGGUCCCUCUAAGCUGUGCCAGGCCCUGGCUAUUGACAAGAGCUUUGACCAGCGGGACCUGGCCCAGGACGAGGCCAUGUGGCUGGAGUGUGGUCUGCUGGGCCCCAGUAGACCAGCCGUGGUGGCAGCAGCCCGUGUGGGCAUUGGCAACGCAGGGGAGUGGACCCAAAAGCCCCUGCGCUUCUACUUCCAGGGCAGCCCAUGGGUGAGUGUGGUGGACAAAGCAGCUGAGCAGAAGAACACACAGACCUGAGCAAAGAGCCCACUCAGGCUUUUUUUUAAUUGUUUAAAAACUAAAUAAAUGUUUUGCUACUAGGGAA